AUGUCGCAAGCGGACGCUGCUGAUCCGAAGAUGCCCGUCAAUAUAUAUCGCCAGUGUCAUCAAGCUGAAGACGAAGCCGCCGCCGUGUCUGAUGGGCCUCAACCACCUCGAUCCCUUCAACAAGGCACCGUUGUAGGUCGUGAACAAACCCUUGCCGAGACCUCUUCUGCCAUCAUGAACAAAGUCGCCCUCUUGACCUCGUCGACGCACGAGCCCGGCGUGACCAUCCGCCAGCGCUCAGACCUCAUCGCCCUGUUCGGGCCAACAUUCGAUAUCGCCAUCCGCUGCCAGAGACUCGUUGCCUUGGCGUCGACGCUGCUCUUCGUCUACGGACACCUCCUCGCCACCUCAACCCUUACGUCGGCCGUCGUCGCGAGCCGGCUCAUGACCGCCUACUCGCUCCACGUCGCCAGGACCACGGUGUCGAUGCUCCGGGGGCCAUUACGGCUUGCGUGGAACUCCAAAAGAAUCAAACGACUGAGGAAGAAAUUCUUCAUGGAGUUCGCGACUACGAUACUGGGCCCAGGAGGCAACAUGCUGAUCGUCUUGGUCUUCUGGCCAGGUUGGAUGAUCGUCCUGGGCGCUCUUCUUGCCGUUCGGAUGCUGGCGAAAUGA